AUGUCAUGGCUGGCGCUCGGUGACAGCAGCGCACGUGACGACCUGCAGCGCCGGAUGCGCGUUUCCUGCGGCUGCGGCCAGAUCCGCGACUGCUGCUUCGGUCGCGCGGCUGCCAUGACUUCCUCGCUUGACAACCUGCGCGCUGCAGCUCCUUGCGUGCGACUGCUGUUCAUGGCGCCCGUGGCGAUUGGCAGCAGCGGCUGGCGCACGACUGUAGCAGCAUGCGCGCCGCUGCAUUACAUCGCAUGUGGCGGCUUCUGCUGGUGCGCGCCCUCCCCUUGCCAUUUCGGGCGACCUUGUGGCAGCAUCUGCACGGCGAUACUUGGCUCUUGGCAGGUGCGGGGCCUUCUCACACCAGCAGCUUCCGACGCCGCACCGCUGCAGCUGCGUGCCUACUCUGUCGUGACUUGCGAGCGUGAGCGGCUGCAGCCGGCAUCGGCACCUGGCGCUCUGGCGCCCACGUCUGCAGCUCCUGGUGGCGCACGGCUGCUGCUCCUGUCGGCCCACUGCUGCUACUCCUGGCGGCCCACUGCUGCUACUCCUGGUGGCCCACUGCUGCUACUCCUGUCGGCCCACUGCUGCUACUCCUGGCGGCCCACUGCUGCUACUCCUGGCGGCCCACUGCUGCUACUCCUGGCAGCGCACGGCUUUCUCCUUCCUACCGAGGUGGUGGACGGAAGCAGCUGCAACUGGUACACAAGCACCUGGCGGCCGCUCCUGCAUCUGACGGCCGCUCUUGCACCUGGCGGCUGCUUCUGCAAACGUCUGCCAGCACCACCUGACUGGUGGCAGCAGCAUCACCUGGUCGCUUGCAGCAGCUACCCCUGA